AUGGCAGGUUGUCUGAAAAGUUCCCCACUUUGUAAAAAGGGGGAACUUUUGAGAUGCCUAAUUGUGACUUUUGCUCUUAGUCUCUGUUUUGCAUUAGUAGAUGCAGAACCUUUUGACCCAGCUCAUCUUUACCACCACAGAUCAGGACCUAAUGAAGACAAUAUUAUCAUCGCUAACAAUGGAAUCAGGGUGCCUUUUGGGAGGUCAGUAUUUUUGGACCCUUUGAAUGACCUGGUAACAGAAGUGCAGCCUGGUGACCGCUGCCACAUCACUGUUUUGGACAAUGACCCACUGGCCCAGAAACCUGGCAUGCUGACUCCAAAAAAGUUCCCUUGUUCGUUUGGACCAGACGAAGUGAAAUACACUCAUUUUGGAUCUCGGAGCCCAAGCAAGGACCGUGUGAAGCUGCAGCUUCGUUAUGACUCCCAGACAGACACAGUCAUCACCCCUUUUAUGCUGGAGGUAGAGGUGGUUUUCCAGCAACUAGAGGUCCUCACCAGGAAUAUGCCCCUAAAUGUUGAAAAGCUUACUGGUGACAGCAACCCUAUUGACAAAAAGGGUCUGGAGUUCUCCUUUGAGGAUGGCGUCACACAGUGUAAGAUCACAACUCUGGUCGGGGCUGGAGGUCUUCCAAGGUAUGGCACCCUUUUGAAUAAUCCCUCAAAUGGCCAAAUGGUUGACUGUGAUGAGUUUGUGAAACAGGGCAUUCGCUACAAGCACACAGCUAAAACCAACUCACCAAACAGAGACUAUAUUCCAAUGAUGGUAGAGCUGCAAGAUAACGAAGGCAACGCCAUAAUGCAAGAGUAUUUCCAAAUGAUGGUUAGAAUCAGGGAGGGUGCAGAGAAUACUGCUCCUAAACCCAGUUUUGUAGCCAUGAUGAUGAUGGAGGUUGAUCAGUUUGUGAUGACAGCUAUUACAAGUGACAUGCUUUCUGCUGAAGAUGUUGAAUCUGACUCAGAUGAUUUGAUUUUCAACAUCACUUCCCCACUGAGCCCUCAGCAGGGUUAUAUCAUUAGCACAGAUGAUCAGAACUUGCCUAUCACUUCUUUCUAUCAGAGAGACAUCCGAGAUCUUAAAAUAGCUUAUAAGCCGCCCUCAGAGGAUUCAGAAGUAGAAAGGAUUUUUCAACUAGAGCUUGAAAUUGUUGAUACCGAUGGCGCUGUGUCUGAUACAUUUGCUUUCAUGAUUGUGGUGAAGCCAAUGAAUACCUUGGCUCCUGUGGCGACCAAAAAUACAGGACAGCUAUUGUUUGAAGGGCAGUCCAGAGCUCUCUCCAGCUCCCAGAAUUUAGAGAUUAGUGAUGAGGACAACCUUGAAGAUGUCAAAAUAACUGUGGUUGAUGGCUUAAAGCAUGGAGACCUGACCGUGCUCGGUUCUCGCAGGAAAUUCUUUACACCUGCCGAUCUAGACUCAGGUAUUGUGGUGUACCAGCAUGACGGCAGUGACACCUAUAGUGAUAACAUUAUUUUUAGAAUGACUGAUGGCAGUAAUGAAGUGGAGUUUUUGUUCCCCAUCACUAUUGCUCCCACUGAUGAUGAGCCACCUAUUAUAAAUGCUAACACUGGCCUGGUGCUAUUCAAGAAUGAAGUCAUGCAGAUCUCUCCCUUCAUCCUGAGUGCCACAGAUAUUGAUUCAGAAGAUUCCACCAUUAAAUUUGUCUUGGAGGCUCCCUACUCCACUGUAGGCGAGCUCCUGCUAAGGCAAGUCGAGCCUCCCUCUGACCCAUCUCUCUGGAAGUUCAGCGAGACAGAUGAGAUGUUUGAGCAGGUGGUAACUGAAUGGUUCCAGCAGGAUAUUCUUGAUGGAAAACUUUUCUAUCGUCACAUUGGGCCACAUAGCACCACCACUGUAAUCGAUCAUUUUGUUUUCCGUGUUCAGGAUGACAAUGAUCCUCCUAAUCAAUCAGGCGAACACAUGUUCUCCAUCAAAAUACAUCCUGUUGAUGACCUUUCCCCAGAGCUUCUUCCAGGCACAACCCUUCACAUGACAGUUCAAGAGUACGAAUUAACACACUUUAAUAAGAAAUUUUUGUGUUACACUGAUUUAGAUUCAGAUGACAGGGACCUGAAGUACACCAUCAUUAAAACCCCAACUGACACUGAUGAGAACAAUCCAGCACCCUUGGGUGAUAUUGUCUUGACUGACAGCACUGAUACUGUAAUUACAGAGUUCACACAGGCCCAGGUUAAUCACCACAAAGUAGCCUACAAGCCUCCAGACCAGGAGCUGGGCAUCACUCCAAAAGUGGCUCAGUUCACUUUUAUUGUGGAGGACACUGCUGGUAACACAGUAGAUGGACUUUUUACCAUUUUCUUACAGCCAGUUGACAACAAACCCCCAGUUAUCACCAACACAGGGUUCACUGUUAUGGAAAGCAGUACAUAUAUCAUCACUAGGAAAGAGCUUCAUGCCACAGAUACAGAUACAGAAGAUGAAAAUAUCGUCUUCACCCUGACCCAGAUUCCUGUGUACGGCAAGCUGGAGUACUUAGGGAUUAUCAUGACAAGUGGUGAAACAUUUGUACUUGAAGACAUUGCAAAUGGCCGCAUAGCAUACAUCCACAGUGGAGAAGAAUCACUUAGUGAUGUCAUUAAGAUUGAUGUCAGUGAUGGUUUUCAUGAGGUUCCGAUCAUCAUAAAGAUUGCCAUCGAGCCAGUUGAUGAUGAGUCCCCCACAAUUAUGCUCCCAGAAGGUCUGCUUGGGUCAUCCAUCGAUGUGCUGGAAAAUGGUGCUACAGAGAUCACAAAUAAUGUCAUUCAGGGCCGUGAUGAAGACACGGAUGACCUCAUGCUCACAUUUAUUGUUGAAGAGCCACCCAGGUUUGGUGAAAUCCUGGUUCAUGGUGCUCCUGCUGAAAGAUUCACCCAGGAAGAUAUCAUCAAUGGGGCAGUGGUGUAUGCUCACACAUCGGGUGAAAUUGGUCCUGUCAAAAACCACGACUCCUUCAACCUCACUCUGUCUGAUUUGUCAGAUCAGUGGGUUGUUGGUGGCAACAAGGUCCAAGGUGUGACAGUUCAUGUCACCAUACUUCCCGUUGACAGUAUUCCACCUAUUGUGAGUGUUGGAGAGCAGUUUGUUACUUUGGAAGGGGAGAAGAACAUCAUAACCCCGAGCCACAUCCAAGCUGAAGAUAUAGACACUGAUGAUGAUGAUAUCCUUUGCACUAUCAUUGUCCAACCAACAUCGGGUUAUGUGGAGAACAUCUCCCCAGCAGCAGGUUCUGAGAAAUCCAGGGCAGGAACAGCAAUUACAGCUUUUAGCAUUAAAGAUGUUACCCUGGGUCAUAUCUACUAUGUGCAAAGUAUCCACAAAGGAGUUGAACCUGUGGAGGAUCGUUUCACCUUUCGCUGCUCAGAUGGUAUUAACUUCUCUGACCGGCACUUCUUCCCCAUAGUCAUCCUUCCAGCCAAUGAUGAGAAACCUGAGAUUUAUAUCCGGGAGUUUGUGGUAAUGGAGGGCAUGAGUCUGGUCAUUGACACACCUAUUCUAAAUGCUGCUGAUUCUGACAUCCCUGGGGAUGAGCUGCACUUUGAGAUCAUCAAAAAACCUAAACAUGGUUCAAUAGUUCAGCAACUCAGCACUGGAACCAUCAUUGUAGAAAAUUUUGAUUUGGAACAGAUAAAAGAGGCAUCCAACAUUGUUUAUGAACAUGAUGACUCAGAGACCAAAGAGGACAGCUUUGAAAUCAGGUUAUCAGAUGGGAAACAUAAAGUGGAAAAAACUGUUCUCAUCAUGGUAAUUCCUGUUGACGAUGAGACACCAAGGAUGGCUAUAAAUGAUGGUCUUGAUGUUGAGAUUGGAGAGACAAAAGUCAUCAGCAACAGGGUUUUGAAAGCAACAGAUCUUGACUCUGAAGACAAAGAACUAAUUUAUGUUGUGCGUUAUGGCCCAGGGCAAGGCUACCUUCAGCGUAUCAGCAAGUUUGGCGAUGUUUUGGGUAACAUUACCCUGGGAAUGAACUUCACACAGGAUGAAAUUGACAAACAGCUUAUUCAGUAUGUUCACACAGGCCAGGAGGGAAUUCGUGACUUGCUGAAGUUUGAUGUCACAGAUGGAAUCAAUCCCCUUAUUGAUCGUUACUUUUACAUCAACAUUGGAAGCAUUGAUAUGGUUUUUCCUGAUGUUAUCAACAAAGGUGUAACUCUAAAAGAAGGGGGGAAAGUAACUCUUACCACUGACCUCCUAAGCACUACAGACAUUAACAGUCCUGAUGAAUACCUCAGCUUCAGCAUAACAAGAGCACCUAGUAGAGGUCACUUAGAGAGCAGCGAUCAACCAGGAGUGCCCAUUUCCACCUUCACCCAACUGCAGCUUGCCGGCAACAAAAUCUAUUACAUCCACACCUCUGAUGAUGAGAUGAAAAUGGACAGCUUUGAGUUUGAGGUGACAGAUGGUUUCAAUCCUGUCUUCCGUACGUUCAGAGUUUCCAUCACUGAUGUAGACAAUAAAAAACCGGUCUUGACCAUAAACAAACUUGAUGUAGAGGAGGGGGAAACUAAGCUGAUCACCCCAUUCGAGUUGACAGCUGAAGAUCGGGACACUCCAGACAACUUCUUGCGAUUCAUAGUAACCCAGGUGCCAGUGCACGGGCAGCUACUUUACAACAAUACCAAGCCAAUCACCACCUUUACCAAGCAGGACUUAAAUGAGAACCUAAUCAGCUAUAAGCACGAUGGCACAGAGACAAACGAGGACAGCUUCUCUUUCACUGUCACUGACGGCACUCAUACUGAGUUUUACAUCUUUCCUGACACUGUGUAUGAGACACGCAAGCCCCAGAUGAUGACCAUCCACAUCAACACCGUGGACAAUGGUGUGCCCCAGAUUGUGGUAAACAAAGCGGCGGCCUCACUUAAAGUCCUCCAAACAGGUCAUCUUGGAUUCCUGAUCACCAGCAAGGCCCUUCGAUCAGAGGACCGUGACAGUGCCCAGAAGGUACUGAAGUACACUGUGUCCGAGGCUCCUCUGCAUGGUUUCAUCAUAAACACAGCCCUUGGCAAUGACAGCAUCAAGACCUUCACACAAGCUGAUAUCGAUGACAUGAAGAUCUGCUACGUGCUGUUAGAUGGGAGCAAUGCCACGAAUGAUAUCUUCUACUUCACAAUCGAAGACAACGGUGGAAACAAACUAAAGCCUCAGCCAUUCAGGCUCAACUGGGCCUGGAUCUCUCUGGAGAGGGAAUAUUAUUUGGUGGACGAGGACUCCAAAUUUCUGGAGGUGACGCUGAAACGCAGAGGCUACCUGGGAGAAACCUCCUUCGUCAGUAUUGCCACUAAGGAUGGAACAGCUGAAAAGGACAAGGACUUCCGGGGUAAAGCACAGAAGCAAGUCCAGUUCAACCCCGGCCAGACUACAGCAACCUGGAAGGUGAAGAUCUUCACAGACCAGGAGUUUGAGACCUCAGAGACCUUUGAGAUUCAGCUGUCAGACCCCGUCAUGGCUGUGCUGGAGUACCCUGACACUGUAACGGUCGAGAUUGUGGAUCCUGGAGAUGAAUCAACAGUCUUCAUUCCUCAAGCAGAGUUCAAGAUUGAGGAGGAUGUUGGAGAGCUGUUGGUGCCAGUGCGACGCUCAGGAGAUGCCAGCCAGGAACUCAUGGUUGUCUGUUUCACUCAGCAGGCUACUGCCACCGGCACCAUCCCUAGCACUGUUCUGUCCUACUCCGACUACAUAACCAGACCAGAGGACCACACCAGCGUGCUGCGUUUCGACAAGGACGAACGAGAAAAGCUUUGCCGUAUUAUAAUCAUCGACGACUCCCUGUAUGAGGAGGAGGAGAGCUUCAAUGUCAGCCUCAGCAUGCCCAUGGGAGGACAGCUGGGCGCCAACUUCCCUACCGCCAAGGUCACUAUUCUGGCAGACAGCGAUGACGAGCCUUCCUUGUAUUUUGGGGAGCCUGAGUAUGUCGUGGAUGAGAGUUCAGGCUACGUUGAGGUAAAGGUCUGGAGGACAGGAACAGACCUGUCCAAGACUGCUACCGUCACUGUCCGCUCCAGGAAGAGUGAUCCUGUUUCUGCAGAAGCUGGAUUAGAUUACGUCGGCAUCAGUCGCAACCUGGAUUUUGCUCCUGGAGUGACGAUGCAGACGUUCAGAGUGACCAUCCUUGAUGAUCUGGGUCAGCCCGAGCUAGAGGGGCCUGAGACCUUUGACCUCGUGUUAAGGAUGCCCAUGAAUGCUGUGCUGGGAGAACCAAGCAAGACAAUCAUCACCAUCAAUGAUACAUUCACUGACUUGCCAAAGGUUCAGUUUAAAGAAGGAAGCUACAAAGUGGAUGAGUCUGAAGGGGAGGUAACAGCCAUAGUGUACCGCAGUGGAGACAUCAACCUCAGGUCCACAGUGCGCUGUUACACCCGCCAAGGCUCUGCUCAGGUCAUGAUGGACUACAGUGAAAGACCCAAUACUGAGGCAUCAGUCAUCACUUUCCUGCCAGGUGAAACAGAGAAGCCGUGUGUGGUUAGCCUGAUGGAUGACUCAGUGCAUGAAGAGGAUGAGGAGUUUAGACUUGUCUUGGGAACUCCAAAGAGCAAGUCUCCAUAUGGUGCAUCCAUUGGGGAGCAGAAAGAGGCGCUGGUCACAGUCACAGAUGAGAAAGACAAACCCAUUAUCCGUUUCUCUGAGAUCAAGUACAGUGUGCGUGAACCUCAGAUUAAAGGGGAUGUUGCGAUAGUGAAGAUUCCCAUCCUGCGUGUUGGAGACUCCUCAAAGGUCUCAGUUGUAAGAGUGCACACCAAGGACGGAUCUGCAACCUCUGGAGAAGACUACAACCCGCUGUCAGAGGAUGUUGAGUUCAAGGAAGGCGAGAAGGAACACUUUGUGGAGAUUGAGAUCCUAUAUGACGGUCAGAGAGAGAUGAGAGAGGCCUUCACUGUGCACAUGAAGUCUGAUGACAACAUGGUAGCUGAAAUACAGAUGAACAAGGCCAUUGUGUACAUUGAAGAAAUGGACAGUGUGGCAGAUGUUACCUUCCCCGCUGUGCCUCGGGUGGUCUCCCUGCUCAUGUAUGAUGACACAGUUAAAACCAAAGAAAAGCCCAACCCUGCCAAUGGAUACCCUGUUGUGUGUGUGACGGCUUGCAACCCCAAGUACCAUGACUUUGACAAAACUGGUUCCAUCUGCUCUGCGGAGAACAUCAACGACACUCUCACUCAGUAUCGCUGGCUUGUCAGCGCACCAACUGGGUCAGAUGGAGUGACCAGCCCCAUGAGGGAGGUGGAUACCAAUACUUUCUUCACUAACACCAAGUCCAUCACUUUGGAUUCAAUCUACUUCCAGGCCGGUUCAAGAGUUCAAUGUGCAGCAAGAGCCUUCAAUGCUAAUGGAGACGCCGGCCUGGAGCUGUCCAGCCCGAUUUCUGUGAUCAGCAAGGAGGAAGGUAUGUGUCAGCCUCGUGUCCAAGGCACUGUUGGAGCUGAGCCUUUCUCUGCCAAGAUCCGCUACACUGGUCCUGAUGACCCAGACUUUCCCAACCUGAUCAAACUGACUGUCAACAUGCCUCACAUGGAUGGCAUGUUACCAGUGAUCUCCACAAGACCUAUGUCCAACUUUGAGCUCACCCUGAGCCCAGAUGGCACCCGUGUUGGCAAUCAUCGCUGCUCCAACUUGCUCGACUUCAAUGAGAUCCAAACAGGAUAUGGCUUUAUCACGGAUGCAACAAAGAACCCUGAAAUCAUUGGCGAGACUUCACCCUACCAGUACAGCACUCCUAUGCGCUCAGCCAACUCUCUGCGCUUCUACAGGAACCUCAACUUAGAGGCUUGUCUCUGGGAAUUCACUAGCUACUACGACAUGUCAGAGCUGCUGAAUGACUGUGGAGGCUCCAUUGGCACUGAUGGACAGGUGCUGAACUUGGUUCAAUCCUACGUCACCCUGCGAGUUCCCCUGUUUGUGUCUUAUGUCUUCCACUCUCCGGUGGCUGUGGGAGGCUGGCAACACUUUGACCUGCAGUCAGAGCUCAAACUCACCUUUGUGUAUGAUACUGCAAUUUUGUGGCAGGAUGGCAUUGGCUCCCCACCUGAGGCUGAGCUACAAGGAGCCAUGUACCCAACCAGCAUGCGUAUAAAUGAGGAGGGGCGCCUGGUGGUCAACUUCAAGACAGAGGCUCGCUUCAGGGGACAGUUUGUUAUGUCUCAUCAAGGGACCAGCGUGUCAUCCAUGGUGAUGUGUGCUGACCACCCUGGGCUGACGUUUACUCUUGCCCUGGUCAGGACUGAGCCUACUUACAACCAGCCCAUGCAGCAGUGGAGUUUUGUCUCAGACUUUGCCGUGCGAGACUACUCUGGGACCUACACAGUGAAGAUGAUCCCCUGCAUUGCAUCACCAAAUGGGGAGUUCAGCAUCCCUCCUGUGUGCCACCCAAGAGAGCCCCUUACAUUUGACAUGGACAUUCGCUUCCAGCAGGUGAGCGACCCAGUGGCAGCUGAGUUUAGCCUCAACACUCAGAUGUUCUUGCUGUCCAAAGAGUUGUGGUUGUCAGAUGGCUCCAUGGGCUUCGGAGAAGGGACUGAUGCUGCUUUUUCGGAUGGCUCCCCUAUCUAUGGUCGUGUGAUGGUGGACCCAGUUCAGAACCUUGGUGACUCCUUCUCCUGCAGUAUUGAGAAAGUCUUCCUCUGCACUGGAGCAGAUGGCUACGUCCCCAAGUACAACCCCACAAACAAGGAGUAUGGCUGUCUGGCAGAUGCUCCAUCACUGCUCUACAGAUUCAAGAUCCUCGACAAAGCCCAGCCAGAGACUCAAGCCUCAGCAUUUGGUGAUGUUUCCUUUAAGGCCACCCUGGCUCAAGACACUCCUGGAGGUCUGCCAUUAGUCAGACAGCCAGGAUCAGAUGGUUUCACACUCUCCUCAUCUCCACUUUUCCAGGUCGCCGCUGGUCGAGAAUGGUUCAUCCACACUAUUUACACAGUCCGCUCCCGACAAAAUGCAAAUCGCAAUAUCGGAAAGCGCAGUGUGGAGUACCUGCAUCACAGCAUGUCUUCUGUUGAGCAGCCUGAGACCUCCAUAACAGCCACUAAUCGCCACCGCCGUGCCGCCCCUGCUAUCUCUAGUUCUUCUGUUAUCCAGGACAUUGGUGUUGAAAACAACCGGGGUACCAACAUCCAACACAUUGCCCUGGACAGAGCUGACCGGAUGGUGGUCAACCAGCGCCAGCCCUGGUCCCCUCAAAGUGGCCCCCUCCUGGACCGCCCCCUGCUGGAGAGUUCUGGCAGAGAGCCGGUGGACACCUCCACCAUUCCCAUGUUAGUGGGCCUCGCAGGUCUGAUCCUCCUCAUCUGCCUCAUAGCCACCAUUGUCAUACUGCUGUUGCGGCGCAAGAAGAGGGAAAAGAAGAUCCAGUUGCCACCUUACACCACCUCCUCCUCAUCUGCCUACAGCCAAGGCUCAGCAAGUAUGUGGGGCAGCUCAGACAACUCUGAGGUCUAGAUGUGGUCCCCAUCCACCCCCUAUUAAAAAAAAAAGACUAUGAUAGUCUCCUCCACCUUUGUGCCUUCGAAGCCCAACUUUAGUAGCACUGAAUAGCGCCCAGUACAACCUGUGGACAGCACAAUAUGUCAGAGCUUUGGGCCUAAAUGCAAAAAUGCACCAGUUUACAGAGGUUCACUGAUCUCUGAUUAAGGUUAGUUCUUGCUCUUAAGUACUGUAGGUUCUUUUUGCAAUCUAUUAUGAUUCAUGGAUGUAUGUGAAAGACCCUUAAAAUGUUUCACCUGCUCUAAAGGUUGACAAGUUGUAAAAAAUCUUGCUAUAUCAGUUUGCAAAUGCAUGAAAAUCCCAGUUCAGAAAAUGCAAGUAUUUCAGUAAAUAGCAAUUUUGUUUGAAUUUCAUGAAGAAAAUACUUUUCUAUUUUUCUCUCCGUUAAAAUUAGUUUACCAAGUGUUUUUAUUACAGAAAUGUAAUGCUUUGUUUUUGCCAAGUAGAGGAAAAUGUACUGAAUGUUGGUUGACCUAAAUGAAUGAUUAAGUGAGGAAUUCUUUUUUUUUUAGUAGAUACUGUUGUGCUCUAGAGAGCCUGCAGUAUACAUACCCACUGCUGAGUAAAUAUACCAAUAUAGGGUCAUUGAAAGGGAUUGUAAGUCAUUUAAGUUUAUUUUUAGAACGCAAAACUUUUCCUUGUUUUUUUAACCUUUUAUAGGUCACUGUAGUCAAACUCAAAUGCAAAACUCUGUGUACAUAUCAAUGUGGGACUAUGAGAAAUGGUAUUAUUACACCCUGGUUAAACUUGAAAAAUGUCUUUCUGGAUUGUUAAUUCAAGUCCUAAAAACAAAA